UUGCGUAAGCCCUAGUGGUAACAUGAUGAAACAAGCAUUGAUAAACCGACUGUAUAAAUAUCGGGCGCAACACGUGAAUAAUACUUAAAUUGAGCGAAAGCGCCAUGAAAGAACAUUGUAGAAAAAUCGAGAAUUCGUUGCGAAAAGACUGACGCAAUUUCAUAAAAUAUUUAAAGAAUUUUAGGGAAUACAAUUCAUCGGUGUGUCUCGGGAUAGACUGUGGCUAUCUCCGUUCACGACAGGAACUGGUCACAAUGCGGCUCUUAAUUAUUCUGUCUUGUUUGUAUUUACUGCCGGUUAUCUACGGUGAUAACGGAAAGAAUGAAACGAUAUUUGUGCCUACCCGGGAAUGGCAAGUCGUCAAAAAAGGUACACCAAUUCCUCAAGGAUUACAUAUACGGCACAAUUUACAAACUGGAAUCACAGAGGCCAAAUUGAUGGAUAGCGAAGAAACAGAAGAGAAGAAUGAAAAUUCUAAUUCUAAUUCUUUGACAUUGCAUCCUGAGAAAGCGAUACCGGAAGAAGAAGAGCCUCCGGUAUUUUCAGAAAAAUCAAAUUUGUUCCAGUAUCCUUUAGAAGAACUAAAAGCUAGACUGAAGAAAAUUAAGCAAGACGAAGCAGAAACUCCUUCAGAAUUAAAUAACGAGCAUGCUAAGAAGGUGAAGCAAAAGUUUCGGGACUAUGAAACCUUGAAGAAAGAACUAAAAGCUUUAGAGAUCAAUAUUACGACUAACUCGGAAUUACUAAACACAUACUUCCAAAAGUUUCAACCGCAUAAGAAUGCGAUCACUACAGGAACAUUAAUGCCUGCGGAGAUAGAAGAAGUUUUGGAUAUUCUUUAUAAUUUAGAAUAUUUACUUCACCAUAUUGAUAAUGCUAAAGUUUUUGCAGAUAUGCAAGGCAUGCCUAAAAUUAUAUCCCCGUGUCUCAAUGGAACAAAUAAUGAAAUUAAAGCUGAAGCACUGCGGCUUUUGGGCGCUGCGGUGCAGUCUAAUCCUACAGUCCAGUUGAAUGCAUUGGAAAACGGUGUUGUUCAAAAGCUUUUGCAUCUAUUGUCUACAAACACUCGAAUGGAAGUGAAGAGCAGGUGCCUCUACGCACUGAGUGCCUUAAUCAGACAAUUUCCAGCAGCUCAGAAAGUUUGGAUCAAUUACGGUGGAUUGGAAAUAUUUGGUAAAAUUUUAAUGAACGAUCAGUUACAAAUACAAAUGAAAGUUAUGAAACUCGUCAGUGAUUUAAUUAUCGAAAGGCAAGAUUUACAAGAUGCUACCGACAGUGAACAGUCACAUAUGAAAACAAACGCAUAUGCCGUGGUAGAAUUAGAACAAAAAUUAUUAACGUAUGAAUACUGUAAACACUUAAGCAACUUAAUGGUAAAGAGUUUAAAAGAUGAAAUGAAUAACCAAUUUAUAAUGAACAACGAGGAAUUUCUAGAGACAAUAGCCGAUAGUAUGAUCAUCAUUGCUCCCAUUUGCAAACACCAUUUCGAAAGCAAUAUGCAGUCGAUGCUUCGGGCGGUACAAGAUUUAAUGAACUUUUAUAUGAAAAUUGAUCCUUCGUUGGAGGAAGAUUGGAAGAACAAAUUUAUGCAAGGUUUUAUCCAGAUAUUCGAAAGACUUCAAACUAAAAUUCCUCGCGACGAAUUAUGAGGCAUAAUUCAACGGUGAGAAAGUAGCUCCAGUAUUUUAAUUUCUAUCGUGAGAUUGUAAUUGUACAAAGAGUUUCGUGCAUAUGGAGAAUCAUGGAUUCCUCGCGUGGAUUCAUCGAGAUGGAUCCAUUGUUAAUGGCCGACAGGAAAGUUGUUACCGACCUUGCAUUUCUUCACGUUAUCUUUUUGAUAAUUAUAGAACUGUUAUAGAGUCAUUGUUUUGACGGAAACGGUGUAUAGUCAUUCGCAAAUAGGUUGUCUGAAAAAUGUGAUUGUCGUUUGUAAUGAAUGCGUGUGAAAUGUAUUAUAAAAUGAAUGUAUGUACAUGGCCGUAAGCGUAAUUUCUGUACACAAGUAGCGUGCAAGGCGUGCAUGUGUAACAGUCUGUAAUAACACUGAACAAUCGUUGCGUUGCUUGUGUUCUGAAACGUGAUUCUUUAAUAAAUUAUUUUGUACUGUUCA